ACACAUAUUACUUCUCCAAAGAGGCCACAACGCUGGAGAGGCCGGAAGACAGCGGGAGAGGUCACGCGACCUCCCGCAGCCCCAGCGCGUCCCCCGUCUAUUGGGGUGGGGGAUUUGGUUUCGCUAAUGACGGAAUCUAAGGCGGCGCCGCCACCAGUUCCACUACCUCUCUACAAGCAGCGAUCUUGGUCUGCUGAUACCUAUCGCGAUGAAGUUUGGUUGAAAAGGAAAGGUAAUCACAAGAGGAAACAGAGAAGCGGGAGCGUCACCGACGAAGAUCUCGAUGAGCUUAAGGCUUGUAUCGAAUUAGGUUUCGGGUUCGAUUCUCCAGAUUUAGAUCGAAAGCUAUCAGAUACUUUGCCAGCUCUAGGUCUAUAUCAUGCCGUCACCAAGCAAUACAGUGAUAGCAUUUCAAAAUCUUCAUCUUCGGCUCCUCCUUCAGAGUGUGAUGCAUCGUCUCCACCUGGAAGCCCUCUCACCAUCUUCAGCCCAGGUGAUGAUCCUCAAAUUGUCAAGACGAGAUUGAGGCAGUGGGCACAGGUCGUUGCGUGUUCGGUGCGUCAAUCUUCUUAUUGAUUCCACUGGCGGCGUUCUCCGAAACUCCGACCGAUUCUAUCAAUAGAUUGAACAAAAUUGAAGAAAAAAAAAAAUUGAAAAAAGGAAGAAGAUAAGGUGAUCAAUCAAGCAUUGACUUUAUUGGGUUAUUUACAUUUCAUUAGUAAUUUUCCAGAUUAACUUUGGACAGUUGCUGUAUAUAAAGUGAAUAAUCUGAUAAUGUAAAAUCUGUGCAAUGGUUUCUUCUUGA